CCCUGGAACGUGGUCCCAGCUGUUCGAAAACAGUCCAAUAAAACAUAAAAUACAACAAAAAACUAAUCGGAAUCCAAUCACACCACUUCAACUGCAAUAUGGACUUUAUUGAGCAGGAAGUUAGUGAUUUUCGAUCAGGCUGUGAGAAGAAAGUGCCGCACAGCAGAAUUGUGAUUUGCUCCAGCUCCCUCAUCAGGGUUGACAUCUACCCAGAACGACCGAAUCGCUUGAUGACCGUUUGCUUGCGUUUCCCAGAGGAUUACCCAGAGAUUACACCCAUCCUGGUGGAGUUGAAAAGCCGAGCGUACUCGGAAAGGCUUCUCACCGAGCUGACCCGCCUGAUUGAUGACCAUGCGCGGGAACAUUUGGGAGAGCCGCAAGCUUUGCUCGUCCUGUCGUUUGCCCAGCAAUAUCUAACGGACAAUCCGUUGUGCGUGUGCCUGGACGAGAUAAAGCAGCUGAGGGUGGACAUCAAGACUCGUGUGGUCUGCCCCGAGCAGCUCACCGCUGGAGAGGAAGCCUCUGCUCACGUGGAGAGUCAGCUAAAGCUGCGACAGAAGAACAACAGCGUCGAGUUGAUAGCCAGAGGCGGCAGAUACACCUACAGGGUGACGGCAGUCGUGCCCGACAUCUAUCCCGCUCAAUGUGUGGAGCUGAAGGGACAGGAAUCCAAUUUGCCAGCAGUUCUUGUUCGCUACCUAAACGGCCAGUCCAGGGAGAUUGCCCGACAGUGUGUGGAGCCGCCGGUCCGCCUCAGCAAGGAUGAGUUGGCCAACUUUCGGCCAGCCAAGAGCCUUUAUCGUUCGCUGAAAUUCUGCCUAGAGGCCACCCGAGACUUUCAUGUGGAACGUUGCCCGAUUUGUGAUAACACGGUCUUGCCCAACAAUCCGACGGAUGUGGAGCUGGAGGAGAAUGCCGAUGGCUACAUUGAGCGUGUCUACUGUGGCCACCUCUUCCACCAGGGCUGCCUGAAGCAGUACCUGGCCGAACCACCAUUUCCACGCGGCGGCAAACUCUGUCCCGCCAGGAGACGCCAUCCCAGAUCUGAUGCCCAAACCUAUAUGGGCAGCAGGGCGGGCUCAUCCGUUCAGGGUGUAGCAGCGUCAGCCAGCUCGAAGCCUUUGGAUAAUGCUGUGUGUGGCAUCAAGUUGGCCCACGAUCGUUGGGUGGUCAGUGUGAAAACGGCCGAGGCACGCUGGGCCCAGAAACAGGCACGCCAGCGUGAGCUGGAGGAGGUGGUGGAUUUUCUACAAUAAACAAGGGACCGGGAUCAGCUAGAUUGCGUUGUUGAAUUUGUAUAGCUAUUGUAUUUUGUGAUGUCUUAUCGAAUACGCUUAUAUUUCUAAAAAUGGAAUAAAUAAAAGUGAUGAUGAAGUGCGA